GCGGCAUCCAUGGAGUUACUUUGAAUCCACUCCUAGGAGGGAGAAGGUGUCACUCGGGCGCUGGCGGGGGCUGGUCUUGGCGAGGGCUGUUUCGCGGUGGAUGUUUUGGGGAUUUUUGGCCAUGAUACCGGAUUGAUCUGCGUGGUGGAUUUGAAUUUUUUUUCUUCCCCCAUGAUCUUUUAAUUUCUGGAGCAUCCCCCCUCCCCUCCCCGCCCCCCUCCUCUUAACCUGAGGGGUAGGCUCAACUCGGGGACACCUCUGCAAGAUGGAAGAGAAGCGGCGAAAAUACUCCAUCAGCAGUGAUAACUCAGACACCACUGACAGCCACAGCACGUUGCGAUGCUCCAGGCCCCUGAGCACCAAGUCCAGCUGGCCCCGGCAGAAGGAGAAGAAACCCUCUGAGGUCUUCCGCACGGAUCUCAUUACCGCCAUGAAGAUUCCCGACUCAUACCAACUAAGCCCGGAUGAGUACUACAUCCUGGUGGACUCCUGGAGGCAGGAGUGGGAGAAAGGCGUCCAGGUGCCCGCAGGGGCGGAAGCCAUCCCCGAACCCGUGGUCAGGAUCGUGCCCCUGCUGGAGCCUUCCCCAGCCCAGGCUUCCCCUCACAGCCUCUCCGGGGCGGACCUCUCGGAGGUCACCCAGACGUACUGCCAGGAGGUCAGUCGCUACGACCUGGAUGAGAUCGAUGCCUACUGGCUGGAGCUGGUCAAUCUGGAGCUCAAGGAGAUGGAAAAGCCGGAGCUGGAUGAGAUCACGCUGGAGCGGGUCCUGGAGGAACUGGAGACGCUGUGCUACCAGAACAUGAACACGGCCAUCGAGACCGAGGAGGGCCUGGGCAUCGAGUAUGACGAGGAUGUUGUCUGCGACGUGUGCCGCUCGCCUGAGGGGGAGGAUGGCAACGAGAUGGUCUUCUGUGACAAAUGCAAUGUCUGCGUCCACCAGGCCUGUUACGGGAUCCUGAAGGUGCCUACGGGCAGCUGGCUGUGCCGGACAUGUGCGCUGGGUGUCCAGCCCAAGUGUUUGCUCUGCCCAAAGAGAGGAGGAGCCUUGAAACCCACCCGGAGCGGGACCAAGUGGAUCCACGUGAGCUGUGCCUUAUGGAUACCUGAAGUGAGCAUCGGGUGCCCUGAGAAGAUGGAGCCUAUCACCAAGAUCUCUCACAUCCCAGCGAGCCGGUGGGCCCUGUCCUGCAGUCUGUGCAAAGAGUGUACGGGCACGUGUAUCCAGUGUUCCAUGCCAUCCUGUAUCACGGCAUUCCAUGUCACGUGCGCCUUCGACCACAGCCUGGAGAUGCGGACUAUAUUAGCGGAGAACGACGAAGUGAAGUUCAAGUCCUUCUGCCUGGAGCACAGUGGCGGGACCCCGAAGCCGACAGCCGAGGAGGCCCGGGGCCCGCGGGGCGACGCCAGCUCAUGGUCGGAGUCCGACCCGGCCCAGCUGGACCUGGAGAAGGUGACCCUGCGGAAGCAGAAGCUCCAGCAGCUAGAGGAGGACUUCUACGAACUGGUCAAGCCCUCCGAGGUGGCCGAGAACCUGGACCUGACUGAGACGCUGGUGGAUUUUGUCUAUCAGUACUGGAAACUGAAGAGGAAAGCCAAUUCCAACAAGCCCCUGCUCAGCCCCAAGACCGACGAGGUGGACAAUCUGGCCCAGCAGGAGCAGGAUGUGCUGUACCGACGCCUCAAGCUGUUUACCCACCUCAGGCAAGACCUCGAGAGGGUUAGGAAUCUGUGCUACAUGGUGACCAGGCGAGAGAAAAUGAAACACUCCAUCUGCAAACUUCAGGAGCAAAUAUUCCACCUUCAGAUGAAACUUAUUGAAAAGGAUCUAUCUCGAGAGCGGUCCGGGAAGAGGGCAAAAGGGAAGAAAGGAGACUCCAAAAGGAAAGGAAGAGAUGGCCGGAAAAGCAGCCCCGAAAAGGAAGAGAAAGUGAAAUCUGGGAGCGAGUCGGUCCUGGGACAGCUUGGCCUGUCCACGUCCUUCCCCAUCGACGGCACGUUCUUCAACAGCUGGCUGGCCCAGUCGGUGCAGAUCACCACCGAGAACAUGGCCAGGAGCGAAUGGUCCCUCAACCGUGGGCACCACGAAGAUAGCGCCCCCAGCCUGCUGUCCGAGGAACUGCUGCAGGACGAAGAGACGCUGCUCAGCUUCAUGAUGGACCAUUCGCUCAAGUCCCCUUUCAGGCAGAGCGGCCCCGCCAAGAGAGCCAAAAGCAAAACCCGGCUGAGCGGCAAAAAGAAGCCCUCCAGGAACGGACUGAACACCAUCUUCAAGAGCCAGCGGGACGCAGACCUGUGGACUCCGGCCAGGCUCCUGAAGCCCUUCAACAGCAGGGCCGGGAGAGGCCCGGCCGGCCUCCCCUCUGAGGGCCGGGCGGCCGGGGGGGAACCCAAAAAGGCAGCCAGGAAAGGGUCUUCCCAGCCCCCCGGCCCACAGGCCGGCGACCCCCACGCCUCGGCGGGCUCGGGGAGCGCCCCCGGCGAAGAGGCGGGGCGCCGGGCCCGGCCGGAAGCCAACGGCCUCGCUCACCCGCCCGGUCCCCCCGGGAGCCCGAAGACGGUCGUGAGGUUCAAACUACCAAAGGAGGGCCGGAGCCCGAGGAAGCCUCCUGGGCAGAAGCCCGAGGGUGGGCACAGGGCUCCGGGCAGUGAGCGGCCCAAGGUCGGCUUGCAUCUGGACCCCGAAACCGACGGCUACUUCUCUGACAUAGAGAUGAGUGACUCCGAGCCAGAAUCCGGGGGGGGCCGGGGGCCGAGGGCCCAGGGGGAGCCAGGCAGCGAGGAGGUGGUCCAGAGGAGCAUCUUGGCAUCCUAACUCAGCCAGGUAGCCAACUGUGACAGUUCUCAUGAGGCCUCAACCCAGUUACAACUGCCAUUUUCAAUCCCUGCCCGGUACCACAGAGCAAGGGGGUUUUUUUGUAAAGAAUGCACACCGCCUCUCAAAGUCAGCACCGUUCUCCUCCUCUGGCCUCCCCCCCAACAACCCCCCCCAUCCGCCGGACCCAAAGCUUCGGCUUCACCGACAGAGAUGACAAGCAGCCACCCCUUCCCGCCCGGCCAUGGGUCCCAAGUAAGCGAAACGCAAGCAUGAGCGUGAAAGAGCGGUCCCCGGACUCCCCUGAGCCGAGCGGGGUCUUCCGGGACGGAAAUAAAGAGGUCUGAUCUUGCCGGUAUCCAUUGUUUCUGCAGGGAUGACCGUUUCUAUGGGCAUUAUUUAAGGACACGACGGCCGCUCCAGGUCAGGAGGGCUUGCCCCUCUGGGCUGGGGACAGGUCAGGAGGUCAGAGGCGGGGUCCCCGGGAAAACCACCUGCACACCCCCUCCCUCGGGGCAAAGUGGAAGAGGCCCUGGGGAAGUAAAAUAAGCGACAUUCAAUAAGACGAAUGCACGAAUAAAUGACAAAGCACAAAAAGCUUAUUUGAAGAAAAAGCACUUAAGAGUCGAGGGAAAUGGCCCGCGGGGUCCUGUUGGAUCGAAGCCUGUCCGCUGUCUGGCCUUUCUCACCUAGCCCGGUCCGAUCCGCUUCUAGCGCCACAAGCCGUCCGGGGUCCACGGUUCUGUCUGCCAAGUCUGCCUGGGGUGGACCCCGACCCCAGCCCCGACCCCUUCCCCGUCCCUGUCCCCGGUUCUGGCUCCCGGGAAACCUCGGUCCGUCCCAGCCCCAAGGGUGGGGGAGGCGGGGGUGGGGGCGUCACUGCCCGUUUGUUUCUAAAGUCACUUUACUCAGGUGAAUCAGAGAGCCUUGACCAAAACACUCGGGCCAGGGAGGUCCUGAGGCAGCAGGAGGAGAGGACGUUGGAGAAGGGUGGGCUUAGCGUGGACUUGGUGAAAAAUCACUUGAAAAACUUGAAUGUUGAACCAGCGAGUCGGAUCCCUUCCCUGGCCUCUCCCCCGAGCACCGCCGUCUCCCCACCACCCGGGUCGUCCCCGGGGGGGUUCCCUGGGCCGGGAACACGUCUCCCCUGUCCUACUAGAACGGCGGCCCGUUGCUUCCUCUUUCCUCCUGGGGAUGCCACCUCCUGACCCACCGGGGCGCUCCCGGGAGGCCAUUUGCCCAAGUGGGAAAUCCUGCAGUCCCUCCCCUUGCUCCCCACCCCCUCCUCCCCCCAAAUCCCCUCCUAAGCCUUAAACGUCGUUGAGAAGAGCCCACAUUCUCGUCCCAACUUCGUCAGGCCAAGUUUCUGUGUUUGCACUUAACCACCCCGCCCCUUCCGUGCUGGCUUCCGAGAUGACAGUUGAGUUGUUCUACACGCUUUCUUGGAGUGGCCCCAGUGUUGAUAGCUCAGGGAACAAAACAAACAAACAAAAAAAAAUGAAUUCAGUGAAACCAUGACUUUUUUUUUUCAUUUUUGAAACCUGGGACACUUAUUGCAACUGGGGAAACCAGAUCUUUCCAACAGGAGCCUUGCCGAUGUCAAAUGAAUCCGCUGAAUAAUUUUGUGAAUGCCAAAGAAUAUUCUGACAAUAAUGCAGCACAGCCAGGAACCGGAAACUCGUCACAUGACAUGAACAAAAAAUGAAAACACCACCACCACCAACAACAAAAAUAAAACGAGUUAUUUAGCAACAGAGGAGUAGAAGUUUGUUCAUCCCGCAUCGUCAAGGUAUUCUAUCCCAAGCUCUCCGAAGAAAAUUCUCUUCACAGCCGGACCACACCCCGCCGUUUUGAUUUCUGAUGCUUUGCUGCUUCCAUACAGGGCUUUCUGGACUCUCCGACUCAAAGGAAAAAUGGACCAUUCAAAUGUUCGUUUGGACAGUACCGUGAAACCAGCGUGGAAAAGUCCUUAUUACAGAUAAAAAUAAAAAUGAA